GCGGUACCAUGGAGGCGGCGGGACAGAGCGGCGCCGCGAUGGCGGCCGCGGCGGCGGAGGAGGAGGAGUACGAGGCAGUGCUGUGUGUGAAGCCGGCCGUGCACGUCUACCGCCUGCCGCCGCGGGCAUCCAACCGCGGGUACAGGGCUGCGGAGUGGCAGCUGGAGCAGCCGGCGUGGAGCGGCAGGAUGCGGGUGACAGCCAGGGGCAGCGUGGCCUUCAUCAAGCUGGAGGAUAAGAACACGGGAGAGCUUUUUGCCCAGGCACCAGUGGAACAGUUCCCCGGCAUCGCUGUGGAGAGUGUGACAGACUCCAGCAGAUACUUUGUCAUCCGGGUCGAGGAUGGGAACGGCCGCCGUGCUUUCCUCGGAGUUGGCUUUGUCGACCGAGGGGAUGCUUUUGACUUCAACGUUGCUCUCCAGGACCACUUUAAGUGGGUGAAGCAGCAGAGCGAGCUGGCCAGGCAGGCCGAGAACCCCGAGCAGGGCCCCAAGCUGGAUCUGGGCUUCAAGGAGGGGCAGACCAUCAAACUGAACAUAGCGAACGUGAAGAAAAAGGAAGGAGCAGCCGGGGCCACCAGAGCCCGGCCUGUGGCUCCUGGGGGCCUGAGCUUGCUCCCACCGCCUCCGGGAGGAAAACCUCCUUCUGGAGAGCGCCCAUCUUCACUCUCCAAUCCCACCCAGCUGCCAGGCACCCCCAUCACAGACUCCCUCUUGUCCUGGCCACAGCCGACUGCUGCUCCCUCUGCCUCCAGCAGUGAUGUGUGGGGAGACUUCGCCAAAGCUUCAGGGUCAGCUUCUUCCCAGACAAACACAGGGUGGGUUCAGUUCUGACCCCAUCCUCUCAGCUGCUCUUCCCUGCACGGGUGCUGGGAUCAUUGGGAUUCCUUCAGGACCAAAGCAGCAGCUUCAGGACACCCCGCUCCUGCCCUUACAUCCUGCCUGG